ACUCCAAAUCUAAAGAAGAGAGAUAAGUUUGUAAAUUUUGACAAUUUUUGUAUUACCCUUAUAUUACUUACUUGGAUCCAUUCUUCAAUCAUUCAAGAAAAGACGAGGAAAAUCGCAUACCCUUUUCUUUCUUCAACGUCGAUCAUCAUUCAUUCGCCAACUGGAUUGGAUUGGAUUUGAUUUACCUGCUCAAUUUCAUUCAGAUCUAAACUCUCUCUCUCUCUCUUCUCUAUUGAAUUAUCUUACAGGGUUUAAUGGAUGAAUAAUGGCAGCUGCUGAAGUUAGGGCUGCUUGGCAAAGAACAGCCAAUCGUUGUUUUGUGCAAGAAGAUGCUAAAAGGGCUCCUAAACUAGCUUGUUGUCCUUCAUCUUCUGCAUCAUCCAACCAGGUUGAUCAAAUACCCACAAAUAAUAAUCCUAUUGACAAAGAGGGUUAUAAUCACCCUUUAGGAUUUAUGCCUUUCAAUACAAAUCCAUCACUCUCAAAUCUUUCUCCUGAAUCAAGAUGGUGGCUUCAAACAAAACCUAACUAUGAACACCCACGUGGUGUUGGUGGUGGUGGAUUAACCGAUGAUGAUGAUCGGUUAAAUACCUCAGAUGAUGUCGUAACUGAUGUCCGUAAGAUCUUUGGACCUAGUUCUGAUAUGGAGAAGAUUCAAGAGCAGCUUAAAAUCGAUAACAUGGAUGAUUCUUACGAAUUUUUGGAGAUGGAUAUUGAAAAAUCAAAGGAUAAUAGUUAUAAUUCUGAAUCAUCGCCUUGGAGUAGUGAGAAAACAGAGCCGUGGUGGCGAAUGGCUGAAGGAUAUGAUUUGGCUUCGUUUGUUGCUCAGAGAUCACACGAUGUUGUCGAGAAUUGUGACCUUCCUUGUCCUCAGAAUACUCAUACGAAGAAGGACCCGUAUGCAUAUUUCGGCUCGACAGGAUCAAACAACAAUAAUAAUCGGGUAUUAUUGUCAUCCUCAUCGCAUAAGCUUAGCCUUUCAAAUGCGAAUAUCCGCACUAGGGAGAAAAGUGAAGAUGAUCGGAGCAAGGCAGAGCUGCUGGACGCGUUACUCCAUUCUCAAACGCGAGCUAGAGUAGCUGAAAAGGCAGCUCAACAAGCUUAUGCAGAAAAAGAACACAUUUUGAAGCUUUUCUUCAGACAAGCUUCUCAUAUGUUUGCUUAUAAGCAAUGGUUUCAACUUCUGCAGCUAGAAAACCUCUAUUUCCAGAUUAAGAACCAUAAUAACCAGCCAAUAAGGACUCUAUUUCCUGUGGAUAAUAUUCCAUGGAUGGGUCAAAAGCCAGAAAAGGAAGAGAAAAAGAGAAUUAGGGAAAAGAAACGUGAUGGAGAUUUUGGUAAAUUUGCAAUUGCUAUUGCAUUGGGUUUUGGUCUUGUUGGAGCUGGAUUACUCUUGGGUUGGAGUAUAGGUUGGAUGUUACCAGCAGCAGCAGCCAUUUGAAAACUGGUAUGUUUUGGUCUAAGUUAUUUUGUUAUAUGUAUAUAUAUAUAUACCUAUUAUUAGUCUAUCUUAGUUCUUAAUUUAGGUUAAAAUGCACUGUUUGUGUUCAUAUGUAAUUAAUUCUAUAUGUUGUAUCUUCAUUUGGGUCUUUUGGAUUA